AUUGCGCUCUUCAGGAUGGACUUUUGUCCUGCUGGGUCAACUGACUUGAGCAAGGCUGAAGAGGCUGAAAUAGAGGCAAUCAGGCAGCACAGAAAAGAGCUUUUGGAGGACAUUAAGAAGCUGAAGGAAGAGAUUGCUCAAGUCUUUGCAGAGAUUGAGUGCUUCCAAAAUGCAGAGGAGAGACCAGAGGCAGACAGUAAUCCUGGGGAGCAGACCAGCAAACUGCCCCAGAGGGAUAAGCUUCUGACCCUGGGACGGAAGAAAUUCAACAUGGACCCUGCAAAGGGGAUCCAGUACUUGAUUGAGCACAAGGUAUUGUCCUCAGACCUGCAGGAGAUUGCCAGAUUUCUCCACAAGGGUGAAGGCCUGAACAAGACAGCCAUUGGGGAUUACCUGGGUGGGAGAGACCCCACAAACAUUCAGACCCUCCAAGCCUUUGUGGCAUGUCACCAGUUUGCCAACCUCAACCUGGUGCAGGCACUGAGGCAGUUCCUGUGGAGUUUCCGGCUGCCUGGGGAAGCACAGAAGAUUGACCGGAUGAUGGAAGCCUUUGCCAACUGGUACUGCAAGUGUAACCCAGGAGUAUUCCAGUCCACAGAUACCUGCUAUGUACUCUCCUUCUCUAUCAUCAUGCUUAACACCAGCCUGCACAACCCCAAUGUGAAAGACAAGCCCCCUUUUGAAAGGUUUGUAGCCAUCAACAGAGGCAUUGACAAUGGAGAAGACCUGCCAGAAGAGCUCUUAAAGAAUCUGUUUGAAAGCAUCAAGAAUGAGCCAUUCUCCAUACCCGAGGAUGAUGGAAAUGACCUCACGCAUACUUUCUUCAACCCUAACCAUGAGGGCUGGCUCCUGAAACUGGGAGGACGUGUGAAGACCUGGAAACGCCGUUGGUUCAUUCUGACAGAUAACUGCUUGUACUACUUUGAAUACACCACGGACAAAGAACCUCUGGGCAUUAUCCCCCUGGAGAACCUGUCAGUCCGGAAGGUGGAUGAUCCCAAAAAGCCAAACUGCUUUGAGCUCUUCAAUCCCAACUGCAAAGGGCAGAAGAUCAAAGCCUGCAAAACAGAUGGGGAUGGGAAGGUGGUUGAAGGCAAGCAUCAGUCUUACAAGAUCUCAGCAGCCACACCAGCAGAACGUGAUGAGUGGAUUGAGGCAAUACGGACUAGCAUCACACAGGAUCCUUUCUAUGAUCUGGUCUUUGCCCGUAAGAAAAAGAUUGCCAGCAAAAACUAAGCUGUGACCUGGUGACUGGCAGCAGGAAGAUGUGGUUGUUGGACAGCUUCCCUUCCAUGCUGGGCUCUUACAGUGAAGAAAUUUGGGAGCAUUGGUUCCCCAUGCCUCCCACUUGGCAGGAAGAUGACUGACAGGACAACUUGCCAGCUUUGCUUCUUCCCUUCCCAAACAGAAGGCAGAGGUGUGUGGCACAAUCCACUGAGGACUGUUGAAGCCAUGAGUAUGGUGUUUCCCAUGUUCAAACGUAGAGGCUCAAUAGCAGCUGACCUUUGGAUUCUUGCAUGAUAGCCCCACACAUGUAGGUCAGGAUUUGAGGGGAGACAAGAAUGUCUCCAUCUCCUCCCACCCUCAAAGCAGGCCUGAGUAUUUUUCUGUGAGGAACCACGUAGAUGCUUUACAGCAGCAAAGCAUGGUUUGGCCAGUUGCAGAGCAGAAAAGCCCCAGUGAUUUCCAUGAACAGAUGUGUAGUGGUUGUGGAGAAGGGGCCACUGAUUAUUAAGAACCCCACUGUAAAACCAGAGGCCAAGGGAAGAUAAGAAGCCCUCUGUUCAGAAGAAAGCCCUCUACCUCUUCCGUGAGAGCUGUAAUCCUGAGAAGACCCUGCUCCAUAGCUGAAUCGUAGGUCUUAGUGCUGGAUGGGGAGAUAAGGAGUAAGUGAGGGUAGAGAGGCUUGGGGACAGAACAGUGGUUUUGGAUCUUUUGCCUCCAUGUUUUGAGUCUCAGCAACCACCACAGGUCUCCCGAGGGGAAAAACCCAAACACUAGCUAUCCUCCUGGCUGCUGAUGGCUCCCCAGCAAAAGUUGCUUCCUUGUACCAUACCAGAGGCUUGGGCUCUGUAUGUGGAAGGCCUGCCAACCAGAAGGCACUGAAAACUGGAAGUGCAUACACACCACCACAAGCACACACAUACAGAGAGGCAUUACCAUCUUCACACAUCUGAAGUCUGGGUUUUUU